UAUUGGGCGUUUUGUGGCUUGUAUGAGCCACAAAGGUAGGAGGCAGGAGCUGGUGGCAUUCCUUCCAAGGCAGGAGCCAAGGAAGAGUAAAAGCAGUGGCACACCAAUAAUAGUUUACACGUUUGCUUCAUCAACUAGACUGGGAACAGUUCUGGGUAUUGUCCGUUUUGUGGCUUCUGCUGGAGCCGGUCCUAGAAAUGAGGAUUCCAUAAAUGAGGGACGAGUUAGGCUCCGAAAAUGA